AGUUUCAGAGAGAGAGAGAGAGAGAGAGAGAGAGAGAGAGAGAGAGAGAGAGAGAGAGAGCAGGCAGCGGCAGGCAGCAGGACUUGACUUCUACUCCAGGCAAUUUAACAAGGUGGAAGCAGAGCACCGUGGUGCUCUGUGUUCUGUCCUCGGCUUUCCUGUACUCAAGUUAGGGGGUUUGUGUGUGGAAGGUAAUGAAAUGAGGUGUGAUUAAAUAAGCACUGUUGCUUCCUCCAGUGGCGGAUUUGAGAUGUAGUAGCUUGCAAGUAAAAAGUCAUGUUUAGCUUUUGUGUUCUCAUUUAAUUUCUUUUUGGGUGGGGCAGGGAGGGGAUGUUUCAAGUUUAUUUUUCUUGAAUUCAUUUUGUUGGUUUUGUUUAUCCGUGGUAAAGUGCUUCAGGGACAAUGAAGACCACACGGAAAUGUAGAGCACUCUUGGCUGUCAGUUUGAAUCUGGUAGCUCUCUUUUUUUCCACCACUGCUUUCAUCACCACUUACUGGUGCGAGGGGACUCAGAGGGUCCCCAAGCCAAACUGCAGCAAGGACAGGAAGCACAACUGCAUUAACUACAGUGGGAAUGACACCAACCAGAACCAAGUGCACUACAGCUGGGAGACUGGAGACGACAGGUUUCUGUUCAGGCAUUUCCACACAGGCAUCUGGUACUCCUGUGAGGAAAACAUCAAUGGUGGAGGUGAGAAAUGCAGAAGCUUUAUUGAUUUGGCCCCAGCGUCUGAGAGGGGUGUCCUUUGGCUGUCAGUAGUGUCUGAAGUGCUGUACAUCAUGCUGCUGGUCGUCGGAUUCAGUCUAAUGUGCCUAGAGCUCUUUCACUCCAGCAAUGUGAUAGAUGGGCUGAAGUUGAAUGCCUUUGCAGCUGUGUUCACAGUGCUUUCAGGACUCCUAGGAAUGGUGGCCCACAUGAUGUACACUCAGGUAUUCCAGGUGACAGUCAGCCUUGGGCCAGAGGACUGGAGACCCCACACUUGGGACUACGGUUGGUCGUUCUGCUUGGCCUGGGGUUCAUUCACCUGCUGCAUGGCAGCCUCUGUCACCACCCUGAACUCGUACACAAAGACAGUCAUCGAGUUCCGUCACAAGCGCAAGAUGUUCGAGCAGGGCCUCCGCGAGGAACAGACGUUCAUUGACCAGGAGGCCUUCAACUACUUCCAGGACCGCUCUGUGCGGUCUGUCUCCAGCUCUGUCGAAGUCUUUCCAGGGCCAGCAGGCAGCAGUGGGGGCAAGGCGCUGGUCCCCUCAGGCUCAAUGGACAUGGGAGAGAUCCGUGAGUCGCUGGGAGAGGAGCAAUGCUGAGACAGAUACAUCUCCUGGGAAAUGUGAGCAAGGAGUGGAGCCACGCUGCCUUUUGACCCGUCGAUCAAACACCUACUCCAGAAGCUAAUUCAAAUGCACAAUGUGACUAGUAACAAUCUGUUAAGUGGUAGUGAAAAACGUAAAACUCAGCAGGAAGGCUCUCUGAAAAGGCCAGGUUCAACGCUGUAUAGCAGUAACAGUCACAUGACCUGCAAACCAUCAAAGCUUUCGCAUUUGAUCUCGUUUCCAGGGUAGCUCAAUUUGGACUUGCCUGUACUUUUGUUAUUUCAAACUAAAUUGAGGCAGGAAGUGGUUGACUAUAGCACAGCAGCCCCUUUUUAUUUUGUGGCCAUUUCAGUUACAGUUUACAGAGAGCAUUGUUUUUUGACAACCAUAAAACAAACAUUCCAGUUCAGACCAGGGGACUAUCACAUGCUGGUCACCAUGAGUAAGUGUAUAGUUGUCAUGUACUGUGAAGCAGUUGAAAUAAUUAAUAUACGUGCAGUUAUGACUAUUAGAAAUUAGACAACAUGUUCGCUUUAAACAAAACACAUGAAUUUUGCCUUAUACAAAUGUUCUAAUAAAAUCAAACCUGUAGUUUCAAUAUUUAACACUGUACAGUGAUUUGCAGUUGUUACAAAAUAUGACAGAUCACAAAUGCGUUUUAAAUAGCUUUUGUUAAUGUAUAUCGGGUGAUCUUCCUUAUUUACGGUAUUACAUUGUCAGUAUAGAGAACAUUUAAGUAUGCAGACAGAAUCUACAGUGUUUUGCUGGACUUGCUCUUUGUGAUGUUCAUAAGAUGUCAACGUUUGUCCAACAAGCACAAGGCUCUUCUCUAUUUAUCCAUUCUUGGAACUGUAUUGAAAAUAAAUAAAAAAAAGAUGUGUAAAA